AUGGCAGCACUGGCAGUGUUAAUGGUACCAUCACCCUUCCUGUUUUUCCAUCUCCUGCCCAUGAAGGCAGAGUUGAGGGAGGAGGGUGAAAAAGUUAUAGCUUCAGGGAUCUGCGGUUCAGAUAACCACAUACUAGAUGGAUCAAUUCCAUUACAUUUACCUGCAAUUUUGGGACAUGAAGGAGCUGGAAUAGUAGAAAGCAUUGGAGAAGGUGUGAGCACUGUGAAACCAGGAGAUAAAGUCAUAUUAAGUGCUCUGCCCCAGUGCAGAGAAUGUGACUCCUGCUUACAUGAGAAGGGCAACUGUUGCCUGAAGGAAGAUAUGUUUUCUCCAGUUGGACUGAUGCUUGAUGGUACCAGCAGAUUUACAUGUAGAGGGAGGAAAGUGUAUAAUAUUUUUGGAACAAGCACAUUCACUGAAUACACCGUGAUGCAUGAGUUUUCAGUAGUAAAAGCUGAUGAUGAUGCACCCUUGGAGAAUGUCUGUAUAUUAGCUUGUGGAUUCCCCACAGGUUAUGGAGCUGCUGUUAAUGCUGCACAGGUGACUCCUGGUUCUACCUGUGUUGUCUUUGGGCUUGGAGGUGUUGGCUCUGCAGUUGUUCUUGGGUGCAAAGCAGCUGGUGCUUCCAGGAUCAUUGGCAUUGACAUCAAUGAAGGGAAAUUUGAGAAAGCAAAAGCUUUUGGGGUCACUGAUUGCCUUAAUCCUCGAAACUUCAAGAAGCCCAUCCAGCAGGUGAUAAUGGACAUGACUGGCUUUGGUGCUGACUUUACCUUUGAGGCUACUGGGACUAUUGAAACCAUGAUUGCUGCUUUAGAGUCCUGCAACAUGAGCUAUGGUGUCUGUGUUAUUAUAGGAGUACCACCAGCAAAAUCCCAGCUCUCUUUUGAUCCACUGUUGCUAUUGUCUGGCCGGGUCCUCAGAGGCUCCUUGUUAGGAGAGUAUAAAACCAGAGACUGUAUUCCUGUAUUAGUGGAUGAUUACAUGAAGAAGAAAAUUGAUGUGGACUCAGUGAUAACCCAUAAAUUGCCUUUUGUCGAAAUCAAUAAAGGAUUUGAACUCCUCCGAUCGGGAAAAUGCAUUCGAUGUGUCCUGUUGUUCUGA